AUGUCAGCGUAUCUUCUUCUUCUUCUUCUUCUUCUUCUUCUUCUUCUUCUUCUUCUUCUUCUUCUCCUCCUCCUCCUUCUUCUUCUUCUUCUUCUUCUUCUUCUUGACAAAUUCCAAAGAAGGAGACAUUUCUGGUUGUUGCUCUCUCACCCUCUCUCUCUCUAUCUAUCUAACACUGUCUGUCUCUCUCUGUCCGUGUCUCUGUCUCUGUCUGUCUGUCUGUCUGUCUGUCUGUCUCUGCCUAUUCACCCGUUUAAUUCAUUAUUUUCGCUUUUACAUUUCUUUUCUAUUCAUUCUUUCUUUGUGCUUCUUUAUUUCUUUUUUUAUUCUUCUUUUUACUUUCUUUCUUUCAUUCUUUCUUUCUUUCUUGUUAUUUCUUUUACUAUGUUUCUAUUUUCGUUCUUUCUUUAUGUUGUUUAUUCUUUCUUUCUUUCUACUUUGUUUCUGUCUUUCUCUUUUUCUUUCUUUUACGCUUUCUUUCAUUCUUUCUUCUUAUUUCUUUUAAUAUGUUUCUAUUUUCGUCCUUUCUUUAUGGUAUCUAUUUCUUUCUUUCUUUCUUUCUUUCUUUCUUUCUUGUUAUUUCGUUUAUUGUGUUUCUUCUUUCUUUAUGAUAUCUAUUUCUUUCUUUCUGUAUUUCUUACUCGUUUUUCUUUCUUUCUUAUUCGUUUUUCUUUCUUUCUCUCUUUCUUUCUUUCUUACUCAUUUUUCUUUCUUUUUUCUUUCUUGUUAUUUCUUUUAAUAUAUUUCUUCUUUCUUUCCUUCUUUCUUUCUUUAUCGUAUCUAUUUCUUUCUUUCUUUCUUUCUUAUUCGUUUUUUUCUUUCUUUCUUUCUUGUUAUCUAUGUUUCGUUCUUUUCUCUCCGAAUUUUUCUUUUGUUCUCUCUGUCUUUCUUCUCUCGUUCUUCAUGUUUUUCUUUCAACAUCUCUAUAUGGCUUCUUGUUCUUUUUUCUUUCUAUUUCUUUGGGAUUCUUUCUUUCUUUCUUUCUUUCUUUCUUUCUUCUCCCGUGCGUAUUUUUUCUUCUUUCAUCCUUUCGUUAUAGUUUCUAUUUAUUUGUUUAUUUUUCUCUCGUUCUUCAUCUUUAUACCUGUCGUCCUUUCUUUGUCUUUUCCCUUUUUUCUUUUUAUUCGUUUUCCUUUCUUUCUUUCUUUCUUUCUUUCUUUCUUUCUUUCUUUCUUUCUUCUCUCACUAGUGUCUCUUUUUCUAACCAUAAAUCAAUGUCCACACGCUGCUGGACUGUCCGGGUAUUCUUUCUUUCUUUCCUUACUUCUUGCAUUUUUAAUUUCUUUCUUCAUAUAUUUUAUUCAUUCGUUUAAUUUUCUUUCUUGUCUUAUUUUUCUUUCUUUCUUUCUUUCUUUCUUUCUUUCUUUCUAUUACUUUUCACCUGCAUAUCACCUUUCUUUCUUCCUAAUAUUAUUUUAUCUCUGUCUAUUAUUUCUUAUACUAUUUCCACGUUCUUCUUUUUUUCUUCCUUUUCAAGCUUCCUUCUUUCUCUACAUCUUCAACAUUACUUUUAUCCUUAUACUUCUUCGGAAUUCUUCCAUUUUUAUUCUUCUUAUUCCAGCCUUUUGCUUCCUUUUCCAAUCUGUUCUUUUUUAUUCUUCAUAUUCCACAUCAUUUCUUACUUUUGGUCUUUUAUUCUUUUCCAUUUAUUCAUUUCACUUUCUCUCCAUUUUCCCGGCCCUUUUCCCCGUCUGCCUUCUUUCGCCACUUUUCCAUUUUAUUUUCUUCUCUGUCUUUCAUUCUCCUUCAUUUUCUCUUCCUUCGACUUUUUUUUCCUUUUCCAACUUCGUUUUCGUCUGCCUUUUCGUUAAUUCUUCCUUUCAUUUCUCACUUCAUUUUCUCUCCAUUUUCCCGCCCUCUUCCAUAUCUGUCUUCUUUCGCCACUUUUCCAUUUUAUUUUCUUCUCCAUCUUUCAUUUUCCUUCCUUUUCGCUUCCUCCGACCUUUUCCUUUUCUAACUUUCCUUUUCUUCGUUCUCGUCCGCCUUGUUAAUUCUUCCUUUUUAUUUGUCGUCUCGCUUUCUUUUGAUCUCUUUUACUUUGGCUUCUUUCUUUUCUUUUUCCUUCCUCUCUAUUCUUCCGACUCACUUCUCUCUCUGUGUCCUUUUAUUUUAUUUUCUGCCCCAUUUCUUACUUUUUCCUUAAUUCUUUCUCUUUUCCUUCAUACGUUUAUUCUUUCUUUUUCUUCUUCCGGUUACCGCCCUUUUUAUUUCUUCAGCCUUCUCUUUGACGUUCUCUCUUUUUCUCACUUCCAUCUUUCGAUUUUCUUUCUUUUUAUUAUUGUAGUACAUUAUCUCCUUCAAAAUUUAAAAUCGUUCAUCCUUUUCUUCUUUCAUCCAUUUUCUGUUUUUCAUUUUGUUUGUUUAUUUUUCCCGCCUUCUUUGAACGGCGUUCAGUGCUGUUAG